GAUGAAGCCACUAGUAAAGACAAGAUACAACGUAUGUAGACGAACACAAACCGCCCAAAUCGUUUACCUGGGCCUGUAACGGAAUCAUCACAAGUUCUUCGAAACUUCCAAUACAAGUUGGUUCUCUCACAAUAUUUGCGUUUGGACUCCCCAGAUCGUCGUCUCAAACUUUCAGUAUCGUCUCUCUCUCUCUCUCAGUCUCUCUGUAUACGUGCUGUUCAACCGAAUUGGGGCAAUAUCGUCAAUAAGUCCAUUGAUCAAGCGGUGGGUUGAAGGUCAGGAGAUGGCAGGUGAAUUUGGGGAAUCGACAAGCUUUCCGCCACAAAGUGCAUCUUACUCUGGAAAUACUGCCGCCAAUGAUCCUGGUGAUUUUGAAUGCAAUAUCUGCUUCGAAUUGGCGCAGGACCCAAUUGUGACCCUUUGUGGUCAUCUCUAUUGUUGGCCAUGUUUAUACAGAUGGCUACAUCAUCACUCGCAUUCCCAAGAAUGUCCAGUUUGUAAGGCGCUCGUACAAGAGGAAAAAUUGGUGCCUCUGUAUGGCAGGGGGAAAACUCAAACUGACCCGCGAUCAAAAUCUUAUCCUGGCAUUAACAUUCCUAAUCGACCAGCUGGACAAAGGCCAGAAACAGCUCCUCCCCCUGGAAGAAAUCAAUUACCUAAUCAUGGUUUUGGAUUGAUGGGGGGAUUUGUUCCAAUGGCGACUGCGAGGAUUGGAAACUUCACUCUUGCCACUGCUUUUGGUGGUCUCUCGCUCUUCCCGUCUUUAUUCAAUUUCCAGUUUCAUGGGUUCCCGGAUGCAACUGUGUAUGGAACAACUUCAGGUUUUCCUUAUGGAUUUAACACCUUCCAUGGUGGCCAUGUGCAUGGAUUCCCCCAGCAAACAGGCAGAGGACAACGGGCAGAUACAGUUUUGAAGAAUCUUCUUCUCUUGAUUGGCUUCUUGGUGAUUCUUGCUCUCCUUUGCUGGUAAAUGGGAAGUGAAUAAGGAUGCUACUUCAAUUCAAAGCAUUACUUCUGCUCUAGUAGAAUAUAUUAUGUACUUUUAGUUAUCUGUUCGAGUCUGUAAAUACAAUAGCCUCUUCGGUGGCUUACUUUGAUGUUUUAAGAGUUUCAUGCGAUGACAAAUUACUUCCCAUGUCGCGUAUCGUUUCUAAUUAUGUGUUUUGCAUGUAAAGCUUCCGAGCUUUCUCCACUCUCUGGCUAUGGAUGUGCAAAUGUAAAUGUAGAUUGUUUUUCUUCCUCUCAAGUAAGGAUCUUUUAUUUGUGCUUUU